AUGUUGUCUGACAUCCAAACGUCUACGGAUUCUGAGCGUAUCAUGAUUGAUCAGCUUAUCGACGCGGAAAAAACCGGUGAAUUGGAGAUCAGUCUAAACAACUCUGGAAUUUUAGUUAAGGAUCUUGAUCAAGAUAUCCUCAAAAGACUUUAUCUGCGUGGAUUAGUUUAUAUUGAUAUUCCAAUAUACAGUAGUGAUAAAAUAUGUGUUCCGACACUUGAAGGUUUUGUUAUGAAUCGUAUUAGUGGGGAUAUUAGAGAAAAUCUGUUAUAUAAGAUUUUCGUCACAGCUGAUGAAAACACAUCAAUUAGUGAGCUUGCUGACUGUUUGCAAGUUGAUGUAAAUUCUGUGAAACAAGCUGCUUCUAUAUUCUGUCGGUUGGGUUUCGCCUAUAAACGAGUUGGACGUGUGGAUAGUCAGACAAAGUCGUCCAAAAUUCCAUCAUCCAGCACCAAUGAAGAUGUAUGUCCUACCUCAGAAGGCUCUACGGAUGAAAAGUUAAACAGUUCAAUAUGUGCAGACGAACAUCAUCAACAAAAGAAAAAGUUGGUAUUAAUAUUUGAUUCUACCAUUACUGCAUAUCUCAUGAUGGGCAAUCUUUCAUCCAACUUGAAACCACAUGCUGUUACAAUGUUCGAAGUAGGAAAAUUAUCUGAUGAUUCAUUGAACUCCUUUUUGUCUGAAUUAAAUCAUCUGGCUCCUGUUUCAGAGGGUGAAGCGAGAACGUAUCGUGAACAUGCUUUGAAUUUAAGAGAAACGAUCCUUUUCUUGCGCUCUCAGGCUUCACUAGAAUCAACUGACUUUCAUGAUGUCGACUUAGUUAGAGGUGGUUCGUUAUUGAGUUUAGAACCUGAAGCACGCAGGCGAGUUUUGCAUAAAAAUUACAGUGUAGUUGUAAGCCUAAUUCCCUCUACUUAUGAAGAUCAGCAGGCUUCUGACUUUCAAUGGCCAGCACACUUGGGGCCACCUAUAUCAGAAGCUAGUUCUCCAUGGUUUGGUCUUUACACAUCUUAUGUUGCAAGUAAUGCAAUUGAAGGGAAGCAGGAUUCUUGUGUUACUGUUCUACCAACUCUCUUAAUGACUUGCGGUACCCGAAUAUACAGACUUCCAUCAUGUUUAGAAGGUAUUUCAUGCUUUUGGAUCACUGCCUGGGGUCAUGAACCUGUAGUUGUCGAAGCAGUCAACUUUUUAACUAUGGCCAAUGAUAUGCUGUUAUCAUCUCCUAUUCUUAUCCAGGCCAUCGAUAUUUACGAAUAUGAGAAGACUUUAACUCAAAGAUACAUACCCCUGCCGCUAUCCAAAGAAUUUUUACACGGUUCAUCUGGUAACAUACCGGAAUUCAUUAAACAUACUAUGAAGGUCAUUGAUUUGACUUGUGUUUCAGGUUAUAUCACAGUAUUGGCUCCCAUAAAUAAACAUGAAUAUGAUCGAAAUGUUGACACAUUGACACAAGAUGAUGAUCAGCUGGCCUCCUCACCAGCUGGCGCAGAUUUUCCUUUGUUAAGUGAACAUGAAGAAAAUGAAUAUAAUUCGUCUGGAAAAGUUGUUUUAGAUGAAAAUGAACUAAUCACAAUUAUGAAUGAACGCAAGCCAAUUUAUUUUAUUACAUUACAAUUAGGCUUGCCUAUUUUUAAUACUGAAUUGAAUCGUGCAGUUUGUACACAAAUUUCUAAUCAAAACUUAUUAUCUACUACCAAUCGUGAUCAUAUAGUAGAUAAUAAUAGUCUUAUUGUUAAAGAAUUUGAGAAAUUCAUGUUUGAACACUGUUCAGCACUUUUACCUAAGCAAAAUCAACGUAGUUAUUCAACACUUGUAACUAGUUCUGGUGGUAAUCUUCCUGAUACUUGGCCUCUUCCUACUAAGAAGUUGACUUGUGCCAACGGUACCUUGUCGUUUUCAUAA